GAAGCCCAGAGAGCGAAGGAGAGAAGAAGAAGGAGGAGGAGGAGGAGGCGAGAGAGAGAACAGCAGCCAAGCGCAAGCUUCUUUGGACUGCAGCUGGACCUUCUGUGCCUCCAUCCUGAAUAGUCCAUAUUUUUUUCUUCACCAGCAUCAUCCUCCUCAUCAUCAGAUCGAGGGGAAAUAAAAGGGAGGCUGGCUUUAUUUUAUAUUUUUCCCACGAUGGGGGUUUAAUCUAAGGCUGAUCGCGCCUGGCUUUUUUUUUUCCUUUUGAACUGCUGGGGCUUGAUCUCCUCCAAAACCCCAAAUUAAAUCCACCCCCCUUGGAAAUCGAGCUCUUUGGACAGAUUUAUUUUUAUUUCAAUUUUUUUGCAAAGCCAGACACACAGCAUCACCACCAGAGAGAGGGGGAAGAAAAGAGGUCGACCUCUGCAGGGAUGAGUGGUGUUCCAUGCUUCCUUUGAAAAAGGAAGAUCAAAUGAUACCAAGAAAGGAUCUGUGGAAUUGAGGCUCACUUCUGUUCCUGAGUCCACUGUAAUGGAGCCAGGUAAACUGCAAUUAACCCAUGACCAGAUUAAGGCUGCAUACUUCAAGACUCAUUUGAUGGAUUAUUCCUAGAUAUUUCCAACAGAACAUUCUUGUCUAAUUGCCUGACAAACACCAUUUCUUUGAUGUUGAAGAAACAGACAAGAGGGCCAUGGAUGUGAAAGAAAGGAAGCCCUACCGUUCUCUGACUAGGCGCCGUGACGCUGAGCGCCGCUACACCAGCUCCUCGGCAGAGAGUGAAGAUAACAAAAUACCCCAGAAGUCGUACAGUUCUAGUGAGACUCUGAAGGCUUACGAUCAGGACUCCAGGCUGACCUAUGGCAAUCGGGUUAAAGAAAUGGUGCACCAAGAGGCAGACGAAUACUGUCGAACAGGACCAAAUUUUUCUUUGAGAGAGCUGGGCCUGGAAGAUGUCUCUCCACCCCAUGGGACUUUAUACCGGACCGAUAUAGGGCUGCCCCACUGUGGCUAUUCCAUCAGUGCUGGAUCUGAUGCCGAUACUGAAGCGGAUGCAGUCCUGUCACCGGAGCACCCAGUCCGGCUCUGGGGACGCAACACCAAGUCUGGCCGCAGUUCCUGCUUGUCCAGUCGAGCCAACUCCAACCUUACCCUCACAGAUACGGAACAUGAUAACACCGAAACUGGUCCUCCCCUGCAUUGUUCAUCUGCUUCAUCCACCCCAAUUGAGCAGUCCCCCUCCCCACCCCCUUCCCCUCCAGCAAAUGAGAGCCAGAGAAGGUUGCUAGGCAAUGGGGUGGCCCAGCCAACUCAGGACUCUGAGUCUGAGGAAGAGUUUGUCCCCAAUUCAUUCUUAGUUAAAAGUGACUCUGGGAACCUCUCUCCCCCUGCUAACGAUCAUCCUCCAAGUCUCCAGAACCAUUCAAGGCUUCGAACUCCCCCACCUCCACUUUCACAUGCUCACACACCAAACCAGCAUCAUGCGGCCUCCAUCAACUCCCUAAACCGAGGGAACUUCACCCCACGCAGCAAUCCUAGCCCUGCUCCCACUGACCAUUCCCUUUCCGGAGAGCAACAGCCCGGAACGCAGGAGUCUACACAUGCUCAGGACAACUGGUUACUUAACAGUAACAUCCCCCUCGAGACAAGAAACAUAGCAAAGCAGACAUUCCUAGAGACAUUGCAGGACAACCUCAUUGAGAUGGACAUUCUCACCUCUUCCCGACAUGAUGGUGCUUACAAUGAUGGGCACUUCCUCUUCAAACCUGGUGGCACCUCUCCUCUCUUUUGUACGACAUCCCCAGGAUAUCCCUUGACGUCCAGCACUGUGUACUCACCUCCCCCUAGGCCCCUUCCCAGAAGUACCUUUUCUAGGCCGGCCUUUAACCUGAAGAAGCCCUAUAAGUACUGUACCUGGAAAUGUGCUGCCUUGAGUGCCAUUAUCAUCUCAGUCGCACUGGUGAUACUGCUGGCAUAUUUUAUCGCCAUGCACCUGUUUGGCCUAAACUGGCACCUGCAGCCGAUGGAUGGGCAGAUGUAUGAGAUCACGGAAGACACAGCCAGCAGUUGGCCAGUGCCAACGGACGUCUCCUUAUAUUCCUCAGGGGGCACGGGGUUAGAGGUACCUGACAGGAAAGGCAAAGGAGCCGGCGAAGCAGGAAAACCCAGUAGUUUCUUUCCAGAAGACAGUUUUAUAGACACUGGAGAGAUUGAUGUUGGCAGGCGAGCUACGCAGAAGAUCCCUCCCGGAAUCUUUUGGAGAUCUCAGGUGUUCAUUGACCACCCAGUGCAUCUGAAGUUCAACGUGUCAUUAGGAAAGUCUGCUCUGGUUGGGAUCUAUGGCAGGAAGGGCCUCCCUCCUUCACACACACAGUUUGACUUUGUGGAAUUGCUUGACGGGCGGCGACUACUCACUCAGGAAGCCAGAAGCCUGGAAGGUCCUCAGCGGCAACACAAGGGCUUUGUGCCUUUGGCCAGCCAUGAGACGGGAUUUAUUCAGUAUUUGGAUUCAGGAAUGUGGCACCUCGCUUUCUACAACGAUGGGAAAGAGUCUGAAGUGGUCUCCUUUCUCACCAGUGCCAUUGAAUCGGUGGAUAACUGCCCCAGCAACUGCUAUGGGAAUGGCGAUUGUAUUUCUGGAACCUGCCAUUGUUUCCUUGGUUUUCUGGGUCCAGACUGUGGCCGAGCAUCAUGCCCUGUGUUGUGUAGUGGAAAUGGGCAGUACAUGAAAGGACGAUGUUUAUGCCACAGUGGAUGGAAAGGGGCUGAAUGUGAUGUUCCAACCAACCAGUGCAUCGACAUCUCUUGCAGUAGCCAUGGCACUUGCAUCAUGGGGACCUGCAUAUGCAAUCCAGGGUACAAGGGAGAGAGCUGUGAAGAAGUGGAUUGCAUGGACCCCACCUGCUCAGGACGCGGUGUAUGUGUGAGAGGAGAAUGUCACUGCUCUGUUGGUUGGGGAGGAACAAACUGUGAGACGCCGAGAGCGACCUGUCUGGACCAGUGCUCCGGCCAUGGCACCUUUCUGCCUGAGACUGGCCUGUGUAAUUGUGAUCCCAGCUGGACUGGACAUGACUGCUCAAUUGAGAUUUGUGCCGCGGAUUGUGGAGGGCACGGCGUCUGUGUCGGAGGCACCUGCCGCUGCGAGGAGGGCUGGAUGGGAGCAGCCUGUGAUCAGCGAGCGUGUCACCCACGCUGCAAUGAGCAUGGGACAUGCCGGGAUGGCAAGUGUGAAUGCAGCCCAGGCUGGAAUGGAGAACACUGCACCAUUGCUCACUAUCUGGAUAAGGUAGUGAAAGAGGGAUGCCCUGGUUUGUGUAACGGCAAUGGCAGGUGUACUUUGGACAUGAAUGGGUGGCACUGUGUCUGCCAGCUGGGCUGGAGAGGUGCAGGAUGCGACACUUCCAUGGAGACAGCAUGUGGCGAUGGAAAAGACAACGAUGGAGAUGGACUGGUGGAUUGUAUGGACCCAGACUGUUGCCUUCAGACGCUUUGCCAUACCAAUUCACUCUGCUUAGGCUCUCCGGAUCCCCUUGAUAUAAUACAAGAAACGCAGCCUCCUGUGACCCAACAAAAUCUUUAUUCAUUCUAUGAUCGGAUCAAGUUUCUAGUUGGGAAGGACAGCACGCAUGUCAUUCCAGGAGAGAAUCCAUUCACUGGAGGCCACCCUUGUGUGAUUCGUGGACAGGUGAUGACAUCAGAUGGUACUCCACUUGUCGGCGUGAACAUCAGCUUUGCCAACAACCCCCUCUAUGGCUACACCAUCAGCAGGCAAGAUGGCAGUUUUGACCUUGUCACGAAUGGCGGGAUUGCCAUCAUCUUGCAUUUUGAGCGGGCGCCCUUCAUUACCCAAGACCACACCUUGUGGCUCCCGUGGGAUCACUUCUUUGUUAUGGAGACCAUCGUCAUGAGGCAUGAAGAGAACGAUAUUCCCAGCUGUGACCUGAGCAACUUUGCCCGGCCCAAUCCAGUGGUCUCACCUUCCCCAAUGACAGCAUUUGCCAGCUCCUGCUCAGAGAGAGGUCCCAUUGUGCCAGAAAUCCAGGCACUGCAAGAAGAGAUAAAAAUUUCAGGCAGUAAAAUCAAGUUGAGUUACCUGAGCAGCCGGACAUCUGGCUAUAGAUCAGUGUUGAGGAUCAGCCUGACCCAUCCUACCAUACCAUUCAACCUGAUGAAAGUCCACCUCAUGGUAGCAGUUGAGGGACGCCUUUUCAGGAAAUGGUUUGCUGCAGCUCCAGACCUCUCUUACUACUUCGUGUGGGACAAGACUGACGUCUACAAUCAGAAAGUGUAUGGAUUGUCUGAAGUCUUUGUUUCAGUUGGCUAUGAAUACGAAUCGUGUCCUGACUUGAUCCUGUGGGAGAAGCGGACAGCAGUGCUCCAAGGUUACGAAAUCGAUGGGUCCAAACUGGGAGGGUGGUCUUUGGACAAGCACCAUGCACUGAACAUCCAGAGUGGCAUCUUGCAUAAAGGAAAUGGGGAAAACCAGUUCAUUUCUCAGCAGCCUCCAGUCAUAGGGAGCAUCAUGGGAAACGGAAGGAGGAGAAGCAUCUCUUGCCCUAGUUGUAAUGGCCUAGCUGAUGGGAACAAGCUCCUGGCUCCUGUUGCCUUGACCUGUGGAUCGGAUGGAAGCCUUUAUGUCGGAGAUUUCAACUACAUCAGAAGAAUCUUUCCAUCUGGAAACGUCACCAACAUACUGGAGUUAAGAAAUAAAGAUUUCAGACAUAGCCACAGCCCCGCUCACAAGUACUACUUGACAACAGACCCCAUUGCCGGAUCCAUCUACCUCUCAGAUACUAGCAGCCGCCGCGUCUUUAAAAUCAAGUCAACCAUUGUGGUGAAGGAUGUGGUGAAGAACUCGGAGGUGGUGGCUGGGACUGGGGACCAGUGCCUUCCAUUUGAUGACACUCACUGUGGAGAUGGAGGAAAAGCAACGGAGGCAACACUCACAAGUCCCAGGGGCAUCACAGUGGACAAAUUUGGGUUCAUUUAUUUCGUGGAUGGCACUAUGAUCCGGCGCAUUGACCAGAAUGGGAUCAUCUCAACUGUGCUGGGUUCCAAUGACCUGACAUCUGCCAGGCCUCUGAGUUGUGACUCAGUCAUGGAUAUCUCUCAGGUCCGUCUAGAGUGGCCUACAGACCUAGCAGUCAACCCAAUGGACAAUUCUCUGUAUGUCCUUGACAAUAACGUCGUGUUACAGAUCUCUGAAAACCACCAAGUACGCAUUGUUGCAGGGAGGCCAAUGCAUUGCCAGGUCCCGGGUAUUGAUCACUUCCUUCUGAGUAAGGUGGCCAUUCAUGCCACCUUGGAAUCUGCCACAGCCCUGGCAGUCUCUCACAGUGGGGUUCUGUACAUUGCAGAGACAGAUGAGAAGAAGAUCAACCGCAUCCGGCAGGUCACUACCAAUGGGGAAAUCUCACUGGUAGCUGGUGCUCCCAGUGGCUGUGAUUGUAAAAAUGAUGCCAACUGUGAUUGUUUUUCUGGGGACGAUGGCUAUGCCAAGGAUGCCAAGCUCAAUGCCCCUUCAUCCCUUGCAGUGUGUGCAGAUGGCGAGUUGUAUGUGGCUGAUCUUGGGAACAUUCGGAUCCGGUUCAUCCGGAAAAAUAAGCCCUUCCUCAAUACGCAGAACUUGUAUGAAUUAUCUUCACCCAUUGAUCAGGAGCUCUACUUGUUUGACACCAGUGGCAAACAUCUUUAUACCCAAAGCCUUCCCACUGGAGAUUACCUUUACAAUUUUACCUACACGGGAGAUGGUGACAUAACCCUGAUUACCGACAACAAUGGAAACUUGGUCAACAUCCGGAGGGAUUCUACGGGGAUGCCGCUCUGGAUAGUGGUGCCAGAUGGCCAGGUCUAUUGGCUAACCAUCGGCACAAAUAGUGCCCUCAAGAGUGUGACAGCACAAGGCCAUGAGGUGGCCAUGAUGACCUAUCACGGCAAUUCUGGCCUCCUUGCUACCAAGAGUAAUGAAAAUGGGUGGACUACAUUUUAUGAAUAUGACAGCUUUGGCCGUCUCACCAACAUCACUUUCCCUACUGGUCAGGUCAGCAGUUUCCGGAGUGACACAGACAGCUCAGUCCAUGUCCAGGUUCAAACCUCCAGCAAAGAUGAUGUCACCAUAACAACCAACCUUUCAGCAUCAGGUGCCUUCUAUACCCUCCUGCAAGACCAAGUGCGAAACAGCUAUUACAUCGGUGCGGAUGGCUCCCUCCGGCUCAUGCUGGCGAAUGGCAUGGAAGUAGCACUGCAGACCGAACCUCACCUACUGGCUGGCACAGUUAACCCUACUGUGGGGAAGAGGAAUGUUACUCUUCCCAUUGACAACGGUCUUAACCUGGUUGAGUGGAGGCAGCGCAAAGAACAAGCAAGAGGCCAGAUCACAGUAUUUGGACGCAGGCUGAGGGUUCACAACAGAAAUUUGCUGUCCCUUGACUUCGAUCGUGUGACAAGGACAGAGAAGAUCUAUGAUGACCAUCGCAAAUUCACCCUGAGGAUCCUGUAUGACCAGGCUGGCCGGCCCAGUCUUUGGUCUCCGAGCAGCCGGCUGAAUGGUGUGAAUGUCACAUAUUCCUCUGGAGGGCAUAUUGCUGGGAUCCAAAGGGGAACCAUGUCAGAAAGGAUGGAAUAUGACCAAUCUGGAAGGAUUACAUCCCGAAUUUUUGCUGAUGGCAAAUCGUGGAGCUACACCUAUUUAGAGAAGUCCAUGGUACUGCUCCUUCACAGCCAGCGGCAGUAUAUUUUUGAAUUUGAUAAGAAUGAUCGCUUGUCAUCCGUGACCAUGCCCAACGUAGCCCGACAGACAUUGGAAACCAUCCGCUCCAUUGGCUAUUAUAGAAACAUCUAUCGUCCCCCAGAGGGUAAUGCUUCGGUCGUUGAGGAUUUCAAUGAGGAACGGCAGCUCCUGCAUACUUAUCAUUUGGGAACGGGGCGGCGUGUCAUCUAUAAGUAUGGCAAACUGUCAAAACUGGCUGAAAUGCUUUAUGACACAACCAAAAUCAGCUUCACCUAUGAUGAAACUGCAGGCAUGCUGAAGACCAUAAACCUGCAAAAUGAAGGGUUCACCUGCACCAUCCGUUACCGGCAGAUUGGACCUCUCAUUGAUCGGCAGAUCUUCCGUUUCACAGAAGAAGGCAUGGUGAAUGCCCGCUUUGACUACAAUUAUGAUAACAGCUUCCGGGUAACCAGCAUGCAAGCCGUGAUCAAUGAGACCCCAUUACCCAUUGACCUCUACCGGUAUGAUGAUGUAUCAGGUAAAACAGAACAAUUUGGCAAAUUUGGGGUUAUCUAUUAUGACAUCAAUCAAAUCAUCACUACAGCUGUUAUGACCCACACUAAGCAUUUUGAUGCCUACGGUAGGAUGAAGGAAGUGCAGUAUGAGAUAUUCAGGUCUCUCAUGUAUUGGAUGACUGUGCAGUAUGACAACAUGGGGAGAGUAGUGAAAAAAGAAUUGAAGGUUGGCCCCUAUGCAAACACCACAAGAUAUUCGUAUGAGUAUGAUGCUGAUGGCCAGCUGCAGACUGUGUCAAUCAAUGAGAAGCCCCUUUGGCGGUACAGUUAUGACCUCAAUGGGAAUCUCCAUUUGCUGAGUCCUGGCAACAGUGCCCGCCUCACUCCACUGAGAUAUGAUCUCAGGGACAGGAUUACAAGAUUAGGUGAUGUGCAGUAUAAAAUGGAUGAAGAUGGCUUCUUGAGACAAAGGGGAAAUGACAUUUUUGAGUACAAUUCUGCUGGGCUGCUCAUCAAGGCAUACAACAAAGCCAGCAGCUGGAGUGUAAAAUAUCGUUAUGAUGGACUUGGAAGAAGGGUUUCAAGCAAAACCAUCCAUGGCCAUCAUUUGCAGUUUUUUUAUGCAGAUCUCACCAACCCCACCAAAGUCACCCAUCUGUACAAUCACUCCAGUUCUGAGAUAACAUCCCUCUAUUAUGACCUUCAAGGCCAUCUCUUUGCCAUGGAGUUAAGCAGUGGAGAUGAAUUUUACAUUGCUUGUGACAAUAUUGGGACUCCUUUGGCUGUCUUCAGUGGAACAGGCUUGAUGAUCAAGCAGAUCCUGUACACCGCUUAUGGAGAGAUCUAUAUGGACACUAACCCAAACUUUCAAAUCAUAAUUGGCUACCAUGGAGGCCUGUAUGACCCCCUCACCAAGCUCAUACAUAUGGGGAAAAGAGACUAUGAUGUUCUAGCCGGCCGAUGGACCAGCCCAGACCAUGACAUUUGGAAACGUCUAAGCAGCAACAACAUAAUGCCUUUCAAUCUUUACAUGUUCAAGAAUAACAACCCUAUUAGUAACUCUCAGGAUAUCAAGUGCUAUAUGACAGAUGUCAACAGCUGGUUGCUUACCUUUGGUUUUCAACUGCACAAUGUCAUCCCUGGUUAUCCUAAGCCUGACAUGGAUGCUGUGGAACCUUCCUAUGAACUCAUCCACACCCAGCUAAAAACCCAAGAAUGGGACAACAGCAAGUCAAUCUUAGGAGUGCAGUGUGAAGUCCAGAAACAGCUGAAGGCUUUUGUCACCCUGGAGCGCUUUGAGCAGAUCUACAGCUCCAGUAUUGCUGGAUGCCAUGAAGUCAAGGAGAGCAAUAACUUUGCUUCAGGAGGCUCCGUCAUCGGCAAAGGGGUCAAAUUUGCCAUGAAAGACGGAAGGGUGGCCACUGAUAUCAUCAGCACAGCUAAUGAGGACGGACGGAGGAUUGCAGCCAUAUUGAACAAUGCUCAUUACCUGGAGAACUUGCACUUCACUAUUGAAGGCAUGGACACCCACUAUUUUGUCAAGCAAGGACCUUCAGACAGUGACUUGUCCAUCCUGGGCCUCAGCGGUGGGAGGAGAACCUUGGAAAAUGGCGUCAAUGUCACCGUCUCACAAAUCAACACAGUGCUCAAUGGAAGGACUAGACGUUACACAGACAUCCAACUCCAGCAUGGGGCACUAUGUUUGAACACCCGCUAUGGGACCACUUUGGAUGAGGAGAAGACACGUGUGCUGGAGUUAGCCAGGCAACGUGCCGUGGCACAAGCCUGGGCACGGGAGCAGCAGAGACUGCGGGAUGGGGAGGAGGGCACCCGCUCCUGGACAGAAGGGGAGAAGCAACAACUGCUUAACACAGGGCGGGUGCAGGGCUAUGAUGGCUACUUUGUGAUCUCAGUGGAGCAGUAUCCCGAACUCUCAGACAACACAAACAACAUCCAUUUUAUGAGACAGAGCGAGAUGGGCAGAAGGUGACAGAGAGGGUCGAUGCGUUGACUUCUUUGCCAAAGACAGCUACUCUUUUGUGGCCGCCUAACAGACUAUGUUGUAUUCAAUCCUUUUUUUAAAACACACAACAAGAACAGAAAUUAUAAGGAACAAGGUUGGGGUGGAGUGAUAAUACGGUUGCACUGUAACUCAUGCAACAUCCUUUUCUUGUUUUACAAAAAAAAAAUCUGGCUUUCUCACCUGUUAUCACACACCCCCAUCCCAUGGGACCAAAAAAGUCUAUUUCACUGUUGCGCUAGUACAGUGAAGUCUUGUGUCUCUUUUGUCCUUCCUUUCUCUCCACCCCGCCCCACCCCCACUUGUGCAACAUUCAAAGAAAAUCAGGGCAUUGUCCAUAUAAAUCCAUAGGUUUCUUUAUGUGGUGAGGAAAAGGUCUCUGUAUUAAGUUUGUGCCAACCCUUCGUACUUGGGUUGGAAAAGGAAAAGAAAAAAAGGAUUUCUGAGAAGGAAGCCGGAGGGGAAAGCAAGUUCAUGACAUCCUGCAGUGCACACAAAGGACAAAGUGAAAAAAAAAACAGGAGAAGAAGCUGGAGACUGUUUUAAAUCUUUUUAAUGGGAUCCUUCUAACUAAUUGCGAGCCUCUAAAGGAGAACUUGCAGGUCAUUUGUCACAUUUCACAGUUUCUGGGCAAUCCUGUGGCUCAGAAGUGGCAGAACGAGGCAAAAUAGCUGCAUCUUAUAGACUUGUGAGAUGAUGAGUCUUUCCCUUUCUGAGAUGGAAUAAUCUUUUUUAUUUUUAUUUUUUAAAGGAGUCUUUUUUACUACAAUAGGCUAUUUUGUUCACCGGUUUGAUUUUUGUUUUGUUUUUUGCGUGUGUGAGUGCGACAGAGUACGUAUCGCUGCAAAAACUUCUCUCUCUCUUUUAGCUUGAAACCCCCUCACAGCUAUCUGGGGUGGGGUCAGGGUGGGGGAGAUUCACACUCUAUUAGAAUAACGUUUCUUGCACAUGCUGUUCAAUGGAAAGCACCAAUGAUGUAAAUUUGUCAAUGGUAAACCUCCUUAAAUAUAUAGUAUUUCUGUACACCAGGUCAAGUGUCUUAACAAUCUUCUUUUGAAGAUACAAGCUCAUAGCUUAAAAGAAGAGAAAGUGAGAACUUUCUAGCAAUAGGCUCACCAUUACUGGUGAAAAGUUCCCAGUUCCUCCUAAGAAUAACGUACCUGAUAACGAAAGUAGAUGUUGAUGUGGAAUACAGAUGGAGCAUCUUACAGUGGUUUUUCUUGCAGGGGCAGAGGCAGAUUCUUGCAGAUGCAGGAAAUGGGAUUUGGUGAGGUGCAGAAUUUGGUUAUAUACAGCAAGGGAAAUAGGGUUCUUAACUCUUUCUUAUUGGGCCAUUUUCCUAAUUCCAAUCUCCCUAUUUGGUUUUUCUUCCUCGAACUGUAAAGAUAUCAGGCCUUUGUGUCUUUUUCCUGAUAGAAAAGAAAGAUACAUAUCACAACCACUGCCCAGAUCAAUCUCAGAGCCUCCUGUGGUCAUAUUGCAGUAAAAACAAAACCAUGAAAAGACACUCCACAUGUCGACAAAAUCGCAUCUACUUGGUGAUUAUACUAAGCCAAAACAUUACUCUGUCUAACCCUGUGCAAUCUAUUCUAGCUCACAGGAAGAAGUCUUAGUCAUGGGGGAAACGGUUUCUUUGGCAUUUAUGUGAUUUUGCCAUUGGCACUGCCAAAAAUCAAAUUUAGAGCAGGAAGCUGAGAAAAUACAAAGUUCCACUGAGUAACAUAAUGCCCAGUCUUAGAAAGUAAUUAAUAAGAAAAGCUAUGAGUAACAUAAUGCCCAGUCUUAAAAAGCUAUUAAUAAGUGCUUUGUACAAAGAAGUCCCACUAGUAUAGCCCAUUUCUGUGCAAUGGAAAUCCAGAUUCUUCUAUCAAAUAGUGUUAUGCAAAUUUGCCUACAUUUGUUUCUUUUACGCAGCACAUUCUCCUCCCAAGACUGAGUUUUCCAGAGAACUAGCUAUAUUUUGGAAAGGGUGGCAGAAUAGAAAGUUGUGGAGAUGGACAGCAGGUGAAUUGAAGGAACAGACCCCAGGGAAAUUGUAACUGAGAACUAAGGAGUUUAUCGCACAAGAAAAGAAAGCGGAAGUUCAGGUGGAUAGUAGCACCUUUCUAUGUGCCUUACCAUGUGAUGUCGUAGUACUCUGGUUUUCUCCCACAAGAGAUGAUUGUAAAAGCAAGAGUUUUUUUCUAGCUGGAAAAAUCAGUUUGACAAAAGACAAAAGUUCAUGCGGUAAGGCACUUAGAAAAGUGCUACUAUCCAGCUGAACUUCUGCUUUCCUUGUGCAAUAUGUUCCUUAGUGUAUUAGCCUCUUAAACAAGACAAGGAAACUCAUCUCCUUAAAUUUCCAAACCCACUGAAGCAUCUCAGUAUCAUAUUUUCACAUUGCUCACCACAAUUUGUGAAAGACAGAAUCUGUAUAUGGAAUACACGCAAGCUUUUGAGCAAAUUAUUCUGUUGUCAGAUUAUGGGACCAAAUCUAACUCAAAGUCAAAUUAAAUAAAACACACACUUCUAAAUAUGGGUAACCAUGUGAAUUUGAAGGCAAAUAGAAUUAGUCCCAAAGAGCGAGGAUGAAGCAAUUGGACAUCAGCCUUGAGGGGCAGGAAUACCUUAGUCAUAGGGUCUGUUCCAAGUGCUGACUUGCAUAACAUGUGCAUGAGGUGAGCAGAAGAUUAAUGUGACCACAUUGCUCCAUAUUUCCCAUCAUAAUGAGAGAUCAGGAUAGCCCUUCAUGAUAACUGCUGGGUGUGCAUGAAGGCUUUUUGUAAUUGGCCAGGGUCUACAGCACGGGUGAAGAAAAUGCGCUCCAUAGCCAGAUGUAGUCCCACACUGUUUUUGUGACACCCGAUGGUCCAAUCUUUUUAAAGAAAAAUAAUUAAAAAUUGCUACCAAACAAUUGCUACCCAUGCCUGUGAGGGGGGGGGGGACAUUUUUUCUCAUGUUUGUGGCUGGUCUUGUGCUGUUUUAUGCCUCCACACAUUCCCUCCAGGCCAAAGGGUGGCUAUUCAGAGGUGUUGUUUUAAGGUUCCUCCUGGACCUAGAAGAUGUAUGGGAGACUAGAUGUUUUUCGCAGUGUAAUUCAGUGGGAGGGAUGAAGCCCUCGAAGCUCUCCUGGUGGGCCAAUAUGGCCCCUACACCCAGUAGCUGGCUACAUCUGCUCUACUCUAGAAGAGCCAGAGAGGGACAAGUGCUGGAUGCACUAUGACUGUGCAGCCAAGAAAGUAAGAAGAUGGCACCACUAUAGUGUCCCAGAAGAAAGCAGGGCACAAGCUGGUUCCAGAGUUCUUGGGGCUUGAAUUCUACUGCUAAUCCCAACUAAAGCAGACUCAUGUUAUCCGUGGGAUUUACAUGUUGAUUCAUUGGGCCUACUCCAGUUGGAACUGCUCACAGAAAUCAGAAAUAAAUAAACAGAAAUAAAUUCUAUCUGUGCUAGUAGUCCUUACCCUAGGAACUCCUGGGCACCUCUGAACCUUGUUCCUGGCUGUUCUUGAUACUCAGGAUAGCAGCACAGGCAGAUACUAACACCAUGUUCUCUAGCAAAGUGAGCCAACCUGGUUAUGUUUGCUGGGGAGGGUGGGAGAAAGAUAUCCAAGCUGCAAUUCACCCAGAACACAGUUCCUCCAACAUAUAGUUGGUGUUUGUUCAUUAAUGUGUUCAUUCUGACAUUGUGAUCAGGGCACAGCAAGGCAAUUGUACUACCAGAUAAGUCUCUCUUGCCUCCAAAUCCCAAAGGCAGCUCUUGUAGGGUGUCAGAAUGACAUUAUCAUUGCCAAUAAUGUGGCAUGUCUCACUGACAUGUGUUGGAGCCACCUACAUAUAGGCAGAAAUGUGCAGGCUAUUAAAUAUUCAUGCAAAGCUGUCCCAAGAAACAAGAUAAAUUUGGCCUGGCAACUUUCAUGGACUCAAAUGCCAUACUGUUGGUUUGUCCUUGGCCAUUUAUUUUAUUUUUUUACUUUUAAUUCUUUUUUAAGAGAGAAAAAGAAGGUUUAAAAUUGGGGUUUUAACCGCUGACUUGGGACUUUGGUGGCAUCACAUAUCACACGUAUUCAUGGAAUUAGAGAUACAUCUAUACAUGGCUUCAAAUCAGAUACUGGGCAGUAGGAAGAGCAGGAUGGAAAUGUAACAGAAGACUGAAUUAAACAUGGUAGUUGUUGAGAGCUAGACUAUUUCUAUUUGAUGUCUUAUAUAGUUGCAAUCAUAGGUGAGAAUAUAAGAUAACUGUAUUAAGGAGCUAAGGAAAACCAUCGAAUUAUCAUCUAGUACGGUGUCUACUGCAGCCUCUCAAUAGUAGAAUCAAAUGGGUUAUUUUGAUUUAUUGUUUUUCAAACCUCUUACAGAUUAGUAAUGUUCACAUACAGCCAUCUGCUAGGGAAUAUCUUCUGUGCCACCAUCACAGAAACCUGUGGUAUACACGGGUUUCUGGGUCACAUUCUACGCCAAAGGAUAAUCUCAAUUCAGUCAGGAUUCUGGUCAGAUCUGUUAGGCCUCACAACUAAAUUGGAUGCAGAACCCUGGAGCAUACCCAAACACUGUCCUUAUAAUAUGGCACGAAAAAUUCAGUAUUAGUGGUGGGCAAGUUGUCUUUGAGUGAUAGUUUUUAUUGAGGAAUUCACAGUGUGCUUCCAAAGAACAACAGGGUUUCCUUGAACAUCGUUUGAAAAAUAAUCUUAAUAUAACUUGGUUAUACAUGUCUACUCAGAUGUAAGCCCACUGAAUUCACAAUAGGAUUUAGUCACAGAUAAAUGUGUAUGGGAAUGCUACCCAACAGUGUGUUUGUCAAUAUUUUGAUGGCUUUGAUAACAGGCAAAGUAUCUCCAGUACUUCGAUUAGGAAUGUCCAACAGCUAAAUUCAUCCAUUGAAUUUUUUUACUGAGUAUUAUAACAGCCUUGUUUUUAGGAUACAAAGGAAUCUUGUAGCACCUUUUGAGACUGAGUUUGUAGCAUAAGCUUUUAUAGACAUAAAGUCUACUUGAUCAGAUGCUUGCUUUUUAGAAUUAAAAGGUUUUUCACUACUCCAUUCCUUGAUUAUACUACGCAAUUUUAAAAAGUGUUAAUUCGCACACAGCUACACUCACAGACUUACAAAUUUAUAGCAACGGGACAUUGGCCGGGUGUUUAACUUCUGGAAUACAUCCGAACAGAUUUUUUGUGUGUGUGUGAUUGAAAAGAUUAUUGUGGGUUUUCUUUCCUUUUUUUAAUGCUGUAUUGGUUAAUGAAUUUUAAAAUGGGGUGGAAUUUUCUAUAUGUCUGUGAGAUAAUUCCACAUAUUGAUGCACAUGUGUUGUGGAGCAGUGAGAACCUGCCACUAGGAAGUCUCAGCUGUGUGUCUUUCAAGAGUAUGCCCUCAGCACCGGGUAACAUACAUUAAUGCAUGCAGGACCUAGGAUUGUCACUGGAAGAUUUUCAAAAUAGGGGCAACACCAAAGCAAGAAGAUGGGAAGCCAUACAUGUACAACUUUUUCACAUGAUAAUGGGAUGUGCUAAAUUAGCAUGCCUUACUUGCAUUAUACAAAGGGAUCUUGUAGCACCUUUGAGGCCGAACUGUGUGAAAGAAGUUGUACCCUAAGCUUUCGUAGACCUGGUCUACUUCCUUAGAUGCAUGGAGAUUCUUUAUAUCCAACUUUUUAUCAUUAUUUUGGAGGGCAUAAUUUUAUGUAUAUGGCCCAAGUUUUCUGACAUGAGAGCCCAGAGCAAAGGAGAGAAUGGUGACUUGGUGAGAGGCAUUAAAUGAGAAAAUGGUAAUAAAGGAUCAUCAGGGGAUGGUGAAUGAAAACAUAGUGCAACCAUUAUAGCACAGCUAGGAUCUUUAAAAUGUAGACAGAAGAUUUCAUUACUGCCUUUGUUCUCCUCCAAGCCUUUCUUAAUUUGGUUCAAUAUCCAGAAGUAUAGCAAGAUAUCCUCAGUACUAUGGCCUCUCUUCUGCCCCACCAAAGACAGAAUGAUAGAAAACUAUCCCUUGAUCUUGAAAGAGUUAGCUAUAAUUGCAUAGCUUUGGAAUCAAUUAAACUAUAGUGAAUGGUUAAACAUAUAGGUUCCCUUCAUUUCAGUUGGGCUGACCUGCAAUAGACGUUUCCUAAAUGGUACUCCAGAGUGCAAGGAGUUAGAAGAAGUGAUCCAGUCCUUAUAUUGGACCUCAGAUCAUUGGUAACCCUUCAUGUCAUUUUUCCACAUGGAGUGAACAGUUUGUUCUAGAGCCACUAGAGCAGAAAAGUGUUAUUUAUUUGGAUGACAACUCCCAGAAUCCCCAGCCAACCAUGCUAGCUUGAGGGUUCUGGGAAUUGUUAUUCCAAAGAAAGCAAGUUCUUCAAACCACCACAGUGCUACUGGGGUUUGCAAA